GGUUUCAAAACAAGGCGUUUAGCUACAAAAACAAACAAUCCAACUAAAAAACAAGAUGGCAGACGUGUCCGAUCUUAGUUUCGCACUUUUCCGGGUCAUCGUGGCAAGGACGUGCACGAACUUAUCAGGAAGUCACGUAAUGAGGCACUGCCAUUAACUGGUUCUGCUGGCUGGUAACCUUCGCGCCACUGGAGGCCGACGCAGCCUUAUAAAGUUUCCUCGCGAGAUUCCGCACUUGUUUUUGUAGCCUGCUCCCGAGGGAGACCAUACAGACCCCUCUUGAGCCAGUUCGCACCGAAAUGCUCGGAACAUCCGUUACGCGCUCGAUGGUGCUUAGUUUUGUGCUGAUGCAACUGUGCAUCGGUGCAUCUGAGGCGGUGUUGAACGCCACUCGCGAGGUGAUCACCAGUCCGGACGUUGCUAAGCCCACCAGCCCGUACAGUCACGCCAUAUGCGUGGGAGACACCAUGUACUUGGCCGGCCAGACCGGAACCGACCCCCAGACUAAACUCUUGGUUCCUGGAGGAAUCGUUCCAGAGACACGACAGGUUCUCGCGAACCUUGACAAGGUUCUAGAAGCCGGACGAAUGAAUCGAACAAACGUGGUAAGGUGCACCGUGUACCUUGCAGACAUGAAAGACUACGACGACAUGAACAAGAUUUACGGCGAGUUCUUUUCAGAGGAGCCCCCUGCCAGAGUCACAAUUCGCGUAGCCGAGCUAGCCAAGCGAGCACGUGUGGAAAUCGACGCCAUCGCUGUGAAAACCGUCAAUUGAAUGCCUUGGAUCCAGGGAUUUUCUAUAUAAUAUUUUGCAAGGCCAACAACUGGUGGACACGCAAUAAAACGUUAUCGUCCAUUGCAAA